AUGGCGCUCUCCCAGCCCGCAUCAAACACCCUCGUCGCCAGGGCUUCCGCAACAAGCUUCCCGAUCGCAGCGAGAACCUACUCCUCCUCCGCAACUUCUCCCCGAACCGCCGCCGUCUCCUCCCCGUUCACAUGUCAACCCGCAUCUAGAUUGAGGACCGCGACAGUCUCCAAGCGUACCUACUCCUCAGCAACCGAGACCGUACCACUCGAGAAGCCCGACCACCUCGAUGCCGCCGAGUCGACGAUAUGGGACAAGCUGGUCGCCGAGUUCUCCCCCUCAGAGCUCAUCGUGCAGGACGUCUCCGGCGGCUGCGGCUCCAUGUACGCGAUUGACAUCACCUCGGCCAAGUUCAAGGGCGCCAACAUGCUGAAGCAGCAGCGCAUGGUCAACGCGGUGCUGGGAGACAUGGUGAAGCAGUGGCACGGCAUCCAGCUGCGGACGAAGGCCCCCUGA